AGCGCGAAGCGAGGUGACAUCGGUUGAAACAGGGGUUCCGGCGAAGAUGGCGACUCAAAACCCUCCGGAGCUCGAGACGGAUGACUCCGAACAAGAAGAGGGAGAGGGUUAUGGCAGCGGUGGAGGCCUAAACCCUGAGAUCAAGCCUUCGGGUGCGGGUGUCUCGGGCCCGCCCCUCCUGUGCCUCAUCCGAUUUGCCAGUGAUUCGGCCGCCGGCGCUCUAAUGGGAUCCGUAUUUGGUUACGGAUCAGGCCUAAUGAAGAAGAAAGGAUUUAAAGGUUCUUUUGCAGAUGCUGGGUCCUUGGCUAAGACAUUUGCAGUUUUGUCCGGUGUCCACAGUCUUGUUUCCUGUCUCUUAAAGCGUCUCAGAGGAAAGGAUGAUGUUAUCAAUGCAGGCAUUGCAGGGUGUUGUACAGGUUUUGUUUUUAGCUUUCCAGGUCAACCACAUGCCCUCCUUCAGAGUUGCCUCACCUUUGGAGCAUUUUCAUCCAUCAUCGAAGGAUUUUAUAGAAAACAAGCUGCAUUGGCUCAACCUUACUUGGCUCGUCAAGGUAGUUUCAAAGGUCCAGAUGAUGUUCUUCCUCCAUUCACGCUUCCGUUUCCCCAUCAGUUAUGGGAAGGCUUUUCAUCCUUCUGCCAAUCCUUACCCAAAUCGAAGGGAAUAGCUAGCAACUGAGUGCAGACCACCAGUUUAAUCCGACUUUUGAAUGUAUAAUUUCUCGAGAAGAAAAAGUCAAACUUUUCAGUUUUGACAAAGUUGAUCUUAUUUGAUCGAGUUACAUGGAGAUAUGAACGGCUUGUUGUAGCUACCUUGAUAUGUGAAGUUCCCUUUGGCAUAGCCAUAAUCCUGGGCAUCUGGUUUCAUAAUAUAUUGGAGUAUGUUCUAGGUUUCGGAUUGUGUGGAAGUGCUGUCAGGUGCUGUGUCUUUGGAAUUUGAUUGCAGAAUGAUGAAACUUCCGGGACAUUUUAGUAGUCCGGGCAUAACCGGAUGGUCUUGUUUUGUUGGCUUCAGCUGACUUCUUGCUGGCUUUCUUUGGCCACAGAUGGAAAGUGUUCAAAGUCAGUGCAAUCUACAUCCGAUGAGAUCCUUUGUCUUUUGGUGAAUAUUUGCCCAGUUGGGAUGGAAAAUGUGCUCAUUUAUCUGGGUUGGCAAUUCAUG